AUGUUAGUGACUCUCGGUUCGCUAUUUCUCCUCAAAGAGAGCGUGGAACAACUGCUUGAAGAGUCUGAAGUGAACGGAGAUUUCAUGCUGCCGUUUGCUGCCACGCUGGCGCUUCUCACGCAGCUUUUAGUUGUAUAUGGCGUGCACAACGAGGAACUGUCGAACGUAGUCAUGGCGUCUGGUUCCAGCUGGUUACAGGAAAACGUAGCCGAUUUCGGUCGCUCAAUGAGCAGGUAUAUUCCAGGUCUCAGCCAGCUACUAUUGCCUCGCGUUAACCCCAUUUCGCUCCUGUCCGUUCUUGGUUGGCUCUUCUGUAUAAUCGACAAAAUAUUCAUCGACUUUUACAAGCUGUCCAUAUAUGACUCGUUCCUUGGACUAGCACUGACAUUCAUGGUUGUCGGUACAAUGUAUCCGCUGGCGGUGUAUACGGGCUGCAUAUUGCUGCAGACCAGUCCAACGCACAUCCUCCCGCAGCUGGACAAAUGCCUUCGCGAGGCUGGCACACUGGACGGCGUUUUGGAGAUCGCAGAAAGUCACUUUUGGCAGCUAUCUCUGACGAAAAUGGCCGGCUCGGUUACGAUUCGAGUUCGACGCGACGCGGACGAACAGCUUGUUCUGGCACACGUGACCGACAAGCUUUAUCCUUUUGUUAUUGAUCUGACCGUCCAGAUUAACAAAGAUACGCAUUGGAAGCAGCCUCUCUAA